UUUCUGAGGAAGGUAUGGGUGUUUUACAACCACUACUCACCCACUUAAACCGAAAGGACUGUCUAUAACGGAAGGAACGUAGAGUUGCAGGUGCCGAGUAUAUGACAGUGAAAUAUUGAAUAUUUUAAGAGUAAAAUAACGUUGUAAGCAGCACACAGCUAUCAUUUACACCAUAAAAUUAACUUCUAUAUACUUCAGUGUUUCCUUCCUGUUAACACACUAUAUACUUUAUCAUCUUCGAACCAAGAGAGACUGUAUUAUCUAAAAUCUGUUACAUUUCCUUGUAAACGAUUGGACAUUGUAACAUAAUUCCCUACAGAAGUAAUAUUUCAUGUUUUAGUUCUCUCAGAAUUUGUGGUAAAUACUUUACUUUGCAGUGGAUUUAAAUGGUUAAAAUUGCUUUUUAGCAUAUGGAUAAAACCUUUACUGUGCUUAAGUGAUGUAUGGUAUAUGUGUAUGAUUUCUAAUUUUCAUUCUUAAAUAUGGGAUGUUGUGUGUGAUGUCUCCCAUGUCACAUACAUGAGUGCACCCCCUUCCAGCCCGAAAGACUUCAGCUGUGGCAGUUUUCCUUUCGGGGUCCCAUGAAACACCCAUCUCAGUUCUUCGAGGAUGAGGUUUUGUUCAUCCUGUAUCAUCUCAGGAAUUUUAUGUCAUCAGCAAUCGAUCAUUUAUCAUGCCGUGGAAAUGCUUCUUGAACUGUGUAAGACCCGAAACAGAAGAUGUUCGACAGUUGGACUAUCAACACCGUAUGCUCCAAGAUGUUCCUCCACAGGUUUUUGCUGAUGAGAGAACUCUGGAGGAAUUGUACUUGGACUCAAAUAGAAUUCGUGAUUUGCCACGGCCAUUGUUCCAUUGUCAUGGGUUGAAAGUAUUAUCCAUGAGCGACAAUGACAUCCAAAGGCUUCCUCCUGCAAUUGCAUCUCUAAUAAACCUGCAGCAUCUGGAUCUGAGCAGGAAUGAACUGUGUGGCAUUCCAGAUAAUAUAAAGGGCUGCAAACAUCUUGUGUAUGUUGAUGUUAGUGUAAACCAGUUGGAAAAAUUACCAGAAGGUUUUACACAGCUGCUUUCCCUGGAAGAGCUUUAUUUGAAUGACACAUGUCUGGACUUUUUACCAGCCAAUUUUGGCCGACUGACAAAAUUAAGAAUUCUAGAGCUAAGAGAAAAUAAUUUGAACACCCUGCCAAAGUCUAUAGCGCGUUUAACUAGUCUUGAAAGGAUGGACAUUGGUCAGAAUGAAUUUUCUGAUCUGCCUGAAGUAAUCGGACGCUUGGUGAAUCUGACAGAGCUAUGGGUCGACUGCAAUCGUAUUCACAGUGUUCCGAAGUUCAUUGGAAACCUGAAGAAAUUAACUCACUUUGAUGCCUCUACCAACAACAUAAAGUGGGUUGCACCAGAAAUUGGCUCUUGUUGCUGCCUGACAGAUUUGACAUUGUCUUGCAAUGAGAUCACAGAAAUUCCAGAAAGCAUUGGCAACCUGAAACAGCUGGUUACACUGAAGUUGGAUGAGAACCAGCUGACUGCGUUGCCAAACACAAUUGGCAAGUUGUCCAGUCUGGAGGAAUUUAUCCUAAGUCAAAAUGACUUUGAGACAUUGCCACCGUGUAUCGGACUGUUGCGGAAACUUAACAUUUUGAACGGAGAUGACAAUUUGCUUGAGGAGUUGCCACCAGAAAUUGGAAGCUGUACCAGUUUGACCAUCCUGAGUGUUCGGAACAACAAAUUGCAAGAAGUUCCUGCCGAGUUGGGCCAUCUGCCUAACAUUCGCGUAAUGAAUUUUAGUGAUAACCAACUUCGGAAUUUACCAGUAUCCAUUUUAAAUCUUACAUUCUUAACGGCUCUGUGGCUCUCCAAUAACCAGAGCACACCAUUAACAACUCUGCAGCAAGAUGUGGACAAAGUGACUGGGCAGACAGUAUGCAUUAAUUUUAUGCUGCCACAGAGUUCCCAGGAGCUCUGCUUAGCGGAAAAUCGGAAUGAAUUGGAAGCAGAUGUAAGGUGCAGUCCAAAGAAUUUGGAGCGUCCACAUAUCCGCUUCGCAGCAGAUGCUGAGUCAGAGGUGACUGGACAUCUUGUGCGUGCUCCUACCCCUUAUCCAAAGGAGCUGCGUGCAAUGGCAAAACAUGCACGCUCAUUUCAACAGCAGCACACCAGAAGAGCAUCCAGGGAGAGUGAUGGUGAUGUUCCGUUGUUAGAUGAGAUGGUGUCUCCAGGUCCGAAAGGUGUUCUGAUUAAAGAGGCGAAAGUUAAAAAGCCCAGCACAGUGCCCCUUGUUAAUCCUGUAGCAUCUAGCAAGAACAAGGAGAAUGAAGAAGACUCCUUGGGACAAAAUGCAGGUAAUUCAGAAACUGCGAGUAAGUACAAAAGCGCUAACAUUUGCACCGAUGAGACUUCACCUGUGUUGGCAUCCGAUUCUGGACCAGUCAUACGAGAGGCAAAGUACGUCCGCCAGGUAACAAAUAUGGCUGAAGAACGUGAGAAAUUUUUCCGGCAAAGAGAAGAAGUUCCAAGUAUUUCCAUGCCUCUUGAGAGUUCUUCAACUGUCACUGACUCACAGAGAUCACCCCUUGCUAUGCAGAAAACUGUGAUUGAGUCCCCCAGACCCAGUAUUACCACAGAACAGCCACACCAGCAGCCACAGCCACCACCUUACCACAUAGCAGCUGCAUACUCCAAACAAGCAGCAUACUUUCAAGUAAGGUCUGCAAGUCCAGCAGCUGCUAUGUCCCCACAGACACCGGUGCCUCUGGUUGCUCCUGCUAAGGAAGUAUUGUCUCCUCCAGACGUAUCCAUAUCUCCUGAACAUGCAGUCAGUAAUUAUAAAGAACCUCUCAAUAGUGCACCAAAGCCCUCAGUGCUGCUCAAGUCUGUUGCUGAAAAAUCAUCUGAAAAAACUGAUGAAGGGGACAGCUCAAGAGAGAGAGUUGAGUCUCCUGAAGAAGAGUCUGGUACACAGAAAGUUGAGGACACGCAAACAGUUAGUCACUUUGAACACCAGGAAGAAAAUAAAGGAAAUGAUGAUGUGUCCAUACCAAUUGGUGACAUGUCUUCCAGAAGGGAGACUGGAAACAAAGUCAUUACCAAGACUGAAGUUCAAGAUGCACCAGUUGAUGAGUCUGAGGUCCCAAUACACAAAACACCCUCAUUUCAGGGACACAGUGAUAGCACCGAAAGCAAGGAAGCUAACAUUUCAACGUUUGUGAAUGCCACUCCCAUUCCCAGCUCGUCCAUUCCCUCCCUCACUUCUGUCCGCGCCUCGAAGGCAGUCAACACUACCGUGACAGUAGCCAGUACUUCUGCUGUUACCAGCACCACUUCCCCUGUUGCCACAGUUGCACUCACUAUGACCACAGAGAACAGUGUUGCAGAAACUGAAAAUAAAGUAAGUGACGCAAGGAAAGAUAUGUCUGGUCCCACUGUGGGGAGUCCACAAGGAGAUGACGCAAAGAACACGCCUUUGAGUCCAAAGUGUCGUAUUCCAGUGAGACUUGGAGAUCCUGUGUGUUUAAAAUCAUCCACUCAAGAAGCGGAUGAUUUACUAAAUAAACCUUCAACUUGUACCGAAGAUAAACCCUCUGCAGGCGAUUCUGUCUGUGCACCUGCACCUCAGCAGCCAGCGUGCAGCUCUCCAACUUCUGUGACUCCAGUAUCAUCGAAAUAUGUGAUACCAAAGUCACCAACAUCCGCGUCAAGAACAGGAACAAAAAUUCCUUCCCUUUUACCAUCCGUGUCGCAUGGGCUAGCGAAGGGGAACAUCACGUCACAACCUCAGAAUAACGCUCCUUCCUUGGUUGAGAAAAUAUCCUCCCCCAAUUCCAAGUUUCCAUCACCUUCAGCUUCAUUGAAUCGUGGAAGGCCUGAUGUAUCAGCCAGCUCGGUUCUUGGCAAUAGCUGGUCCUCUUCUGUUUCUGAAGCCGAGUCCUUGUCAGACUCUGGCUCUGGAACUAGAAUUCCUCAGCCUGCAUUUUAUUCCACAGCUUUCAGUCUCCAGUCACCAAAGAGAGGCUCUUUCAGCUCUCAGUCCUCCAGUAGCAGCCGGCCUGGUUCCAUUGCACCAUUGUUAAAUACAUCCUUGGACUCAUCAGCAUCACCCAUCAUGAAAGAAGCAGGAUAUAAUUACAUUAACAAACCGCGCUUCUCUGCCACAGACCACAACCUCAAUAUCUCCUCUAAAAUACCCACCGCUAUGUCACCCUCUUCCUCACAACUUAGUCCACUGAGUGGCUAUUCAAGUUUGGAAGGCACUGCUUUGCAUGGAAACUCCAAAUCAGCACUUUCAAAUGAACAAAGCCCAUUAGCAUCCAAAAUUCCCACUCUUUCAUCCACUCCAACAUCACCGUCAUCUGCAAGGUUGGGUUCUAUGUCACAAAGACUGUUUUCAGCACCUGCUGCAGAAAGCAGCCAAAGAACGAGCUUGGAGUCUCCGGGAAGGCAGGCCAAGACUUGGAUGUUUGGACCACAUAAGAAUGCCACUGUUUUUCCUGUUGUAAUUAAAAAGAAUCCUGGUCUUGGGUUCAGUAUUACUGGUGGUCAUGGGUUCACAUCUCCUCUAGAGAAACAUGAUAAUGAGGGAAUAUUUGUCACAAAAGUGCAUCCAAAUGGUCCUGCCAGCAGCUGCCUCCUGCCAGGAGACAAAAUCUUGGAGGUGGAUGGGACAGAUUUCACGAAAGUGGAGCAUGACCAGGCAGUCGGUAUUUUGAAGCAGACUGGCAGCAUUGUCAACAUGAUGAUUUCUCGUCAGCAGUAGGAUUUAAUACGUGCUUAAUUAUACAGAAUUCUUCCUCAGCUAACAAUAUUAUUGCCCAGUUAUGCAAUUGUAAAAUGAAACCUGUGUUGAACUGUGCAGUAGAAAGUAGUAUUAGUAGUUUUGGUGAACUCAGAUGUUCCCCAUGGCCGUACAGUGUGUACUGUGCUGUGCUAGUUCUGGUAUGCUGCUAAACAUUUUCUGUACUAAAUUUUGUUGGUCAGUAGAAAAUGAAGAUAAGUUGUCUUUUAUGUGAAAUUGGUACUUGACCAUACUGAGUUCAGAUUUUUCUCCAUGCUUCUCUUUAAUUGCUUUUCCAUAACCCUCAUUAGUUGGAAGGGUGAUUUCGAAGAAUUGUAAACUGGUCUGACAUAUGUUUUGAUAUAAAACAGUGUUGUGAAUAUACCCAAAAUCGUUCACAUCUAGAGGUAAGGUUUAUUGACUUGUCUUCAUGCUUUCUGCCCCCAAGCAAUUUAAUAUCUAUAUAUUAUAAGCUGGAUGUGAUGCAUGUUGUUAUGAGUUAAGUUCAUGUUUGAUGGCUGACUACACUGUGGUAGUUAAAUUGCACCAUGAAGUUUAAUUCUCAAAACUACGUUGUCCCAUGUAGGCAACAAGAAAGGGUAGAAACCACAGAUCUGAUACUUUCCCCCUCCCAUUGGUUUUUGAAGGUCAAAAAUAUCCCCCCCCCCCAAAAAAAAAUCGAUAAGUAAGUUUCAAGCUUAAUUUCACGUAGAGGAAGUGAGAUGAGUGAAAACUUGUAAUGACAUGAUUUGUAGUCCAUAUCGUGCGAAACAAAUUGGUUUUUUACGCGGUAGCAUAGUUGGUUGAGGAAGCUGGAAGGUUACGGGUUCAAGUCCUGAUGAGGUCAUUGGAUUUUU